AUGGAGCAGUCAUCAGAAUCAUCAUCAUCAGCAAUGUGGAUAGAGGUAGUAACAGCUCUCGUGCCCCAUUAUAAGUUGGAGUUACUGUCAAUCUGGGGAUAUAAGGGCUCAAGGCUUCCGCACUGGAUGUCAUCACCCCUCAACUUAAUAAAACAGAUCGAUUUGGGUUUUUUGAGUGAGGUGUCAUCAUUGCCUGCUAUGGGGAAACUACCUUUCUUGGAACUUCUCUCUAUUUACGAUGUGGAGCAAUUGAUGUUUGUCGGAAGGGAGUUUUUAGGAAUAGAAUCUUCAUCUGAUGAUGUUGCAUAUCCUGAACUCGUCAGCCUGGUAUUUACCGACUGCAACAAAUGGGAGGAGUGGGAAGACAUAACAGAGGAAGAAGAAGAAUCUGCGGCCAUCUCCAUCAUGCCAUGUCUCGUUUAUUUGACUAUCUCUAACUGUGAGAGUUUGAAGAAGUUGCCGCAUCGCCUACUGCGUAAACUCUCCUCAUCUCUGCGAUCGUUGAAUAUUUGGUAUUCAUCAGAGCUGAUAAAAACAUACGGAGAGGACAAGGAAGGUUCAGCUUGGAGAUCCAUAUCCCAACAUAAUCCCCAACUUCGACUUAUCAUAUAG